ACACAAUCUACACUCAUGCGUAUGAUAUAAUAUACACUUACAUAUAUACAUAUAAUAUAAAUAUAUACAUUCCGCGGCAAGCCGGCAAGUAUAUAUAUACCCAAACCAGAGCUAAAAAUAUCACGAACGUAGUCUAUGAGAGUAGGGGAGAAUAAAUACGUAGUUGUUGAAAGAAAAGAAGACCGCCGGAGGGAGGAAACACUCGCCGGAGUUACGCCGGGCUGUUCGAUCACUAGUGACUAACGGCAAGGAGACAGAGCUGCUGCCGCUGGAUCACUGCUGCUGCCGCCGGUUCACUGCUGCCGCCGGUUAGACUACACCAUCGCCGGACUUCAGUUCGUCGUCAAGGUGAUUAUUUAGAGACCGGAAUAGACGACAAGAACUAGAAGCGUCACAUUCCGAGAUGAUGUGGUGUAUGAAGAUUGAUGUCUUGAGAGCGCUACUAGAAGACUUUUAGAGAAGCUAGUCUCAUUACAAUAAACUCUGUUCGUUUACGCUAUUUUAAAUGUUGAACUUUAAAUCUUCACUUUGGUUUCAAUUAUGGUGGAUAGCCUUAGCAUCCAGUCCGAUGAGGGCUGGGUGUGGCGGUGACACGCCCUUUUCCUUGUCGUUGUUUAAUUCCGCUGCAAACAUUUGAAAGUUUAAAUAAAUAAAUCAACUUUACUAUUUCUUUAUGUAUUAUUUUGGGAGGGAAAUUUGGGGGUGUUACAACACCCAUCAGUCAAAGUUUUACGUUCUGUUUAUUACUUUGAAUAAUUCUAUGUUGGACAAUGGUUUGAAUAAAAGUUGUGGCGCAUGCUUGCGUGGGAAAAAGACUCGAGAUAUUUUUCAUAUUAGUGAAUCCAAAGCUUUUACCAUUUUUGAUUUAUUGCAUUGUGAUGUGUGGGGUCCAUACCGUUUUCCUGCGUCUUGUGGUGCUCGAUAUUUCCUGACUAUAGUUGAUGAUUAUUCACGCGCUGUGUGGUUUUUUUAUGAAAGAAAAGAGUGAGGUGUCCCGAAUACUUAAACAAUUUAUUGCAUUGGUGGACAGACAAUUUAACAAAAGAGUGAAAAUCGUUAGGAGUGAUAACGGGACAAAGUUUCUAUGUUUGAAAAAUUAUUUUUUAGAUCAUGGAAUUAUUUUUCAAACAACUUGUGUUUAUACUCCGCAACAAAAUGGAAGGGUUGAGUGUAAACACAGGCAUAUUUUAAAUAAAGCCCGGACUCUUCGUUUUCAUGCUCACCUACCGAUUGAUUUUUGGGGGGAAUGUGUAUUGAUGACAUGUUAUCUUAUUAAUCGUUUUCCAUCUCCGGUGUUGGAAUAUAAGAGCCCCUAUGAAUUAUUGUAUAACAAGCUACCCAACUAUGAUCAUCUCCGGGUUUUCGGUUGACUUUGUUAUGCACGAGUACAUGGGAAUAAUGGGGAUAAAUUUGCUCAACAGGGAGUGAAGUGCGUUUUUUUUGGGUAUCCUUCUUACUCUCAAAAGGGAUGGAAAUUGUAUAAUCUUGAAACUCAACAAUUUUUUUGUUUCAAGAGAUGUUACAUUUAUUGAGACCCAAUUUCCCUUUGCUGAUCCAAUUGUGGAACCGGACGUUUGCAAUGAUACGACCAGACCGUUGAUACAACCUCCAGAUUCUUUUAUUGGAAUUGACCAUGAUGACACGCAUGCAUCUGGGUAUGGUGAUCAAGGCAGCAUGCAGACAAGCUUGAAUAAUUCGCAUAAUGGGAUGCAUGGUGGUAUGAUGACCUCUCAUGCAUCAUCCACCUCAUCUCAUGGCGCAGGACACUAUGAGGAUACAGGAAGUGACACGGCUGCUUCUGAUUCCACGUCAGGGUCUCGGGAAAACAGUGGCACCUCAACUCAACCACAUGGAGAUUUUGUACGUCGGGGGACACGUCCGAAACAAAAAUCGGAGUGGCAUAAAGACUAUAUGGUACAAAUUAAUACUAUGAAAAUAGAUACUCCUCUGGUUGCCCACUCGUCUCCAUCGGUUGAAUCAGGUAAUCCGUAUCCCUUAUCUCGUUAUGUAAAUUAUAACUGUUUUUCGGUGCAGCAUCGUGCUUUUAAUGCAGCAAUUUCAGCCACCCGAGAAUCCAAUACUUUUCGUGAGACGGUCAUUGAUCCAAAUUGGCGUACUGCUAUGCAACAUGAGAUCGAUGCGUUGGAGUGCACAGGUACGUGACAAGUCCAGGAACUCCCUCUUGGCAAGACACCUAUUUAUUGUAAAUGGGUGUAUAAAAUAAAAUACCGGAGUGAUGGAAGUAUUGAUCGCUACAAAGCCAGACUUGUAGUUUGUGGUAACCGCCAGGUACAUGGAAUUGACUAUGACGAGACUUUUGCUCCCAUUGCCAAAAUGGUCACAGUGCGUACUAUUUUGGCAAUUGCUGCUUCGCGAGGAUGGGAAACGCAUCAAAUGGACGUCGACAAUGCCUUCUUGCAUGGAGAUUUGCAGGAGGAGGUAUACAUGUAUUUGCCUCCCGGUUAUUCCUCCUCUAAACCGGGACAGGUGUGUAAGUUAUUACGGUCUCUUUAUGGGCUUCGUCAAGCCCCACGUUGUUGGUUUUCCAAAUUCACCGAUACACUUCUUGUUUAUGAGUUUUCACAGUCUCAUGCUGAUUUAUUGUUUGUUCACUCUCCACCGAGGUGGACGCCUAUUAUGCAUACUUGUGUAUGUUGAUGAUUUGUUCAUUAGUGGAAGCAGUCGCGAGAUGAUUUCUAUUUUUAAAUCUUAUCUAGCUCGUACCUUUCCGGUCAAAGAUUUGGGUUUUUUGAAAUAUAUUUUCUUGGCCUAGAAAUUGCACGGAGUCUGCAUGGUAUUUUUUUGUGCCAACGAAAAUAUGUACUGGAUAUUUUGUUUGAGACAGGUCUCAUAGGAGCAAAACCCUUUACCGUUCCUAUGUCCCAAAAUCAUGGGCUUCAAUCUGAUGAUAGUCCAUUAUUUUCGGACCCUUAAAAAUAUCAGCGGUUGGUUGGCAAACUUAUUUAUCUUACGCUCACACGACUGGAUAUAAACUACUAUGUCCAUAUACUUUCUCAAUUUAUGCAAGCACCUCGGGAGGCGCACUGGAACGCUGUUUUACAAGUACCACGUUAUCUGAAGGGACACCCAGGCCAAGACAUACUGUUUCGACACAACUCUCCUCUUGUCCUUCUUGGCUAUUGUGAUUCUGAUUGGGCCACUUGUCCCAAUACACGGCGUUCUGUCACCGGAUAUUUUGUGACACUUGACGGUUCUCCUAUUUCGUGGCGUACAAACAAGCAAGCUACGGUCUCUCGCUCUUCUGUUGAGGCCGAGUAUCGCUCCAUGGCAACACUUACUUGUGAACUUUUGUGGUUACGAAGCCUAUUUUCUACUCUACGAAUCAAGCUUCCACCACUCAAGCUCUUUUGUGAUAACAAGGCAGCUCUGCAUAUUGCUUCCAAUCCUGUCUUUCAUGAGCACACCAAGCACAUCGAGCUUGACUGUCACUUUAUUCGUGAUCACGUGAAGUCUGGUGCUAUUAGUCCAUCCUACAUGCCUACUACGAAGCAAUUGGCGGAUAUUUUUACUAAAGUUUUGGGAACGUCUCAAUUUCAUCAUCUUCUUGUCAAGAUGGGCAUUUUUGAUCCCCAUGCUCCAUCUUGAGGGGGGUGUUAGCAUUAUUAUUGAACGUCCGCAUGCAUAAUUAUUUGUUACAUAAUUAUAUUAUUUAUUUUGACCUUAUCUUUUGUAACAAGCUAAACAUGCUUGGCUUACGUAUAGGGAUAAAGUUCUCUUUUGUGGAACCUACCUUGCUGUAGAUAGAGUUCAGAACGUGUAUAUAGCUAACCUUUUGUAAAGCUGAAAACAUGAUCGUAUAAUACACGAAGUUACGAUCUACUCUAUUCUUAAUUCCUCUUGAUAUCUUUAGAAAACAUAAAAACCUAUUUGUAUUCCACUAUUAAUUUGCUACUUAACCUAUUUUAUUACACGUUUUUUUGUAAAAAAACAUUUGGGUGCCGUUUUUUUCCGUUUAAAAAAGAACAGCCUAACUAUUCGUUUAAAACGAGUUUUUUUGACAAAAAAAAAC